AUGCCACCAAUUCGUCGCAAACCCAACCAUCUCUUAGGGGACCCGCAAUGCGAGGGGCUUCAGUUGAGUCCGACACUGAUGAAUCACAUCUACCCCAACAGGUCCUGGCGAAGAGAUGCCUUGACGUCGUCCGAGAUUUUAGAGCCACUAAGGGAACAAAAUUUGAAGCAUCCUAUGUCAUCUCCAGCAUCAUCAAGGAAAGCUUACCCAUCGGCUCAGGAGAAGAUCCCACUGCUAUCGCGGCUAUCUACCUUGCCAUGCUCGACCAGUGGGAAUCUGAACAAACUCAAGCCACUCAAAGAGCGACUGGAGCAGUUAGAGAACGGUGUUCGGUUUGACCUUAAGCCAACGGUUCACCAAGAACCAGCUAGACCCCUAUCCGCUAAUCUCAAACACACCAUCCAUAUCAUACAGAACUGGGCGCAAGACCAGAAACAAGCGAAGCUCAAACUCAUGUACCAUGAGCGGAGCCCAGAGUUUUAUGAAUCCGGAUGGGCAGAUAUCGUUGCAGGACGGAGUCUCAACCUCGACGCUAUCCACACCAUCAUUACCACUUCACGCGCCAUUGACAAGCAAUCCGAGGCCAUCGGAGAUGUUGAGUUCACCUACGGAGUCUCAGAAAUGGCCCCAAAGAAGAUUGCCACGCAGGGACAAUGGAAUGCGGCGUGGAAUAGAGCAGCGCGUGCCCUCAAGUUCGCUUUCCCUUUCCAACAGGCCGAACUUGACGCCUACGCAGAACAUAUCAAUGAACAAUUCGACCAACAGUCGGAACUUUCUCAUGGACGAGUCCCCUGGUACGACAAAGCAGUUAGAUUCAGGGUCGGAAAUUCUUGCAAAUAUGAACUGUCCGACUUCGAAUGUUUCAAGGACAUCUACAGUGCACAUUUCUCCACUGGAGGAAGGAUGCACAAUGACACCGGUGAAUCUAGCAAAUCUGGAGGACGGGAGUCUACUGUUAAACGCGAACCGUGCCGCAAAUGGAACACUGGAGAAUGCACACGCAGCGCACCCACCUGCCACUUUGCCCAUGUCUGCAACGUUGAGCAAGACGGCCAGCGUCCACGCUUUCGACGGGGUUUGAUUUGGUCACCAACGGACGUCUCUUUUAGUCCAACUGCGCGCUCAUCCGAGUAUGCAGACCCGGUUCCAACAGCACCUUCAUAUCUCGCUGAUAGUGAUGCAGCUCAUACUGUUGCUAAUUACCCACAACUUUUCAAAAUAGUAAUGCCGAUUAACGUGGAUCGGUUCCAGGAUCUUUUAGUGGACCACCCAAACCAGCCUUUUGUCCAAUCCGUGUGUCGGGCCUUGCGCGAAGGAUUUUGGCCGUGGGCCGAUGCAUCUGAUGAGUCUUAUCCCUCCAUUAACAACAACUCAAUGCGCACCUGUGCAAAGUCAGAAGAACAGGAAAAGUUUAUUGAGGAGCAGCUUCAGGAAGAGAUACGACUCGGGCGAGUAUCUGAAAGUUUCAGGACUGAUUUAUUGCCCGGAAUGUAUAGUGUGCUGAUGCACACGGUACCCAAACCAAACUCUGACAAACUGCGCCUCGUCGUCGACCACACGGCUGGAGAGUAUUCACUCAAUUCGAUGAUCGACUCGGAUGUGAUUAAAGGUACCAAACUAGAUGGGUUGCACUCACUUGGUGCCUCGCUACUCGAGUUUAGGCGAGAACAUCCUGAUGAAGAGCUGAUUCUGUUCAAGUCAGAUGUUUCUCAAGCGUUCCGGAGACUACCUAUGCACCUGCUGUGGCAAGCCAAGCAAGUGCUGACGUGUGAUUAUCCGGAGAAACAGACUCGUCUCCUGGAGCUUUGGAAUGAGAUAGGACUUCCUCAUGACCGGCCAAAGCAACUCUUCAGCUCGACGCUGACAGUCAUCGGUUUCGACAUCAACCCUAAUGCUAUGUCCGCCACUCUACCUGAACAUAAAAAGGAGGAGCUUGUUAAGCAACUUUGGCAAUUCGCCAUGAAGAACUGUCGCUGGGCACUUCGCGAGUUCCAGCAGCUCGCAGGUUGGUGUGAAUGGAGCUUUAAUAUUUUUCCCCUACUCAAACCAGGACUGUCUGCUGUAUACGAGAAGAUACGUGGAAAGGACCAACCCCACACCCGUCUUCACGUCAAUAACACUAUCAUCUGUGAGCUGUCAUGGAUGGCAAACCAUAUCGAACGCCUUCCCGGCCUCUUAUUUUACAAAUCAUUGGAUUUUGACCUGCUCUCUGAUGACGUAGUGGUCGCCUAUACGGAUGCAUCAGGUUUGGGAAUGGGUCUAUGGUUUCCUCAUGAUAACUUCGCAGGACAAUCUGCAUUGCCUGUAGGUGCUCCCAAAGACACGAUCUUCUUCUUUGAAGCUCUGGCUGAAUCGCUAAUCGGCUGGAAGAAGGGUAUCCGUCAGUCCGUUCGGCUCACUGGUCCUCUCUUGUGGCACGAACUUUGUGUGGCUGCAAACACCCGGGCUCGCACAGCUUUUGGCUCAGUGCCAUGUCACAAUGACAGUUUGUUCUUAGCACUCCUGUUUACUGGCUUCACCUACCAAAAAGUCCCUUGGCGACAUACUCUUACCAUCACUGAAAAUGCCAUCUCCUACACCUUGCCCUACCAGAAGAAUGAUAGUUUGGGGACUGGUGCGACCAUCCUCAUUGUGUCUGACUCAAUACCUGGACUCGACCCUUUGCCUAUAUUGUGGCACUCUGUGUCUGACGAGCAGCGGAUCAAUCCCAAUGAGGAGUUGGUUCCUGCGGCGAUUGCGGGAGAAGUGCAGGAGUUCAUUGUCGGGUCAUUCGAUGAGAGCUGGAGGCGCGACAGCAUUAGCUAUCGUGGGAAUGACUCUGGAUCUCAUUCAAGCUGCAGGAAGAUGGUCUUCUGAUGAAUUCAAGAAGUA